UAUAGGAACAAAAUAAAGAACUGAAGACGUAGAUGCAUAUAUAAAAAAAGACCAAAACUUGAGAAUAUAAACAGAAAACAAAGAAAGCACAGAGAACUUGAAUAUAUAGAAAAGAACAGGAAAAAAGACCAAACAUCCGAGUAUAAGUCGAACUAGAAAACGAAGAAUGCACUGAACGCAAACAGCAUAUAGAAAACUAGCAAAAAACUGUAAAUAAAGAACUCAAAACGUUUACAUAAAAAAAAUAUAACCCUAACAGCAACCUAGAAACAGUAUUACCAACACAAAAAAACACCCUUAACAGUACCAUGGAGAGUCUUGAAUUCCGUGAGCGCCUCCUCCCCCCUGGCAUCACCCCCUCCAUACACUGCCACACCUGCCGCCCCCACCACAACCACCACGCCCCCCACAGGCUGUCCCAACCCUCCUCCACCAUCCCCACGCCCUCCACCUUCACCUCCUCCUCCUCUAAGCAACGUCCGCAAUCUCUUCCUUAUCCACCUCAAGGUUUUAAUGGCGAGGCGCACACUAAACACAAUGAGGAACAGAACGAGAAUGGGGAGCUGGUUAAGCUUAGCGAGGAGUCGUUGAUGCGACAGCCUGAGGAGGUGUUUGAUAUCAUCUGUAAACUGGGAGAAGGGUCCUAUGGCAGCGUAUACAAGGCGCUACACAAGGAGUCGGGGCAGGUGCUGGCCAUCAAGCAGGUCCCCAUCGACACGGACCUGCAGGAGAUCAUCAAGGAAAUCUCCAUCAUGCAGCAGUGCGACUCACACCAUGUGGUCAAGUACUAUGGGUCAUACUUCAAGGACUCGGACCUAUGGAUUGUCAUGGAGUACUGCGGCGCUGGGUCCGUGUCCGACAUCAUGAGGCUGCGCAAGAAGACCCUGACGGAGGAGGAGAUCGCCACGGUGGUGUACGACACACUGCGCGGCCUCGAGUACCUCCACUUGCGACGGAAGAUCCACCGAGACAUCAAGGCCGGCAACAUCCUCCUCAACACGCAGGGACACGCCAAGCUAGCGGACUUUGGCGUGGCGGGGCAACUCUCGGACACCAUGGCCAAGAGGAACACCGUCAUCGGCACGCCCUUCUGGAUGGCCCCGGAGGUCAUCCAGGAGAUUGGCUACGACUGUGUGGCCGACAUCUGGAGCUUAGGCAUCACGGCGCUGGAGAUGGCGGAGGGCAAGCCGCCAUACGGGGACAUCCACCCCAUGCGCGCCAUCUUCAUGAUCCCCACCAAGCCGCCGCCGUCCUUCAGGGAGCCCGACCAGUGGCAGCCGGAGUUUAUCGACUUUGUGUCCAGGUGUCUAGUGAAGAACCCCGAGGAGAGGGCGACGGCGACGGAGCUGCUGCAACACCCGUUCAUCCGCGGGGCGCAGCCGUCCAGCAUCCUCCGGACCAUGCUGGAGGAGGCCAUGGAGAUCCGGGAGAGCCAGAACUCCAACCGACAGAACCAGAUCAAACACAUUACCGAGUCUCAUCAAGUGCCACCCCUACAACUACCAGGAAUGAGCCCUCAGGCCGAGCAGGAGAACCGAAACAACCAACACAACCAAAUCCACCACCAACCCCCCUCAUCACAACCCCUCCACCACAACCUCCACCACAACCACAACCACCACCACAACCUUGUAAACAGUGAGGCUCAGGAUGAGGACGACAUGGACAGCAGCACGAUGGUGAGGUACAGUGGCGGGGACAGUGGCACGCUGCGGCCCCUCCCUAGCGACGGCACCCUCAAGGCCCCUAUGGACGACGGUGGCACCUUGAGGCCCUCCACAGGCACGGCCACCAGCACGGGCACCCUCAGCACGGACCUUGGCACCAUGGUCAUCAACUCGGAUAAUGAGGAGGAGGAUGAGGACUCGACGAUGAAGAGACACGACACAGCGCCCGGCGAGAGGGUUGACCGGCCGCUCUUCCUUGACUAUUUUGACAAGAAGGAGCAGGAGAAAAAGGCGCGGAGCAAAGGCGUGAAGGACAGCAGCAGCGCGUCCUCCCCCCAGCAGCAGACCGUGUCCCCGCCGCAGCAGUACGUGGGCACCGGCCGGCCCAUCGUGUCCCAGCAGCACCCCGCCCUGCAGACCCCACAGGUGGCUGUGGACGACAAACACCCAUCACAGCCACAGCCACACCAGACCCAGCAAACGGCACAACCCAGCACCAUACAGCCACAGCAAGUACACAUAGCACAGCAGCAACACCAGCAGCAGCAGCAACAGCAACAACUACAGCAGCUCCAGGCCCAGCAAAACACGCAGCAGCAGCAGGAGCAGCAGCCACAGCAACAGCAGUACCCGACAGGAGAGGGCACCAUGCUGUACAAACCCACGCCCGUCAUCCUGCCACAGCCCAAGCCAAUGUCAGCGGAGGAGCGCAGGAAGUUUGAGAAUGAUCUUCAGAGGCAGCUGGUGCAGAUGAACAACCCAGCGCACCACCGCCCACCCCCAGCACGAGGCGUCGCAGCCGAGAACCAGCCAAAGUUCCAGCGAUCCUUCAUUGACGGAGACUUUGAUUUCUUGAAGCACCUGACCUACGAGGAGCUUCACCAGCGCAUGGCCACGCUGGACCAGGAGAUGGAGCGGGAAAUUGAUGAGCUGCGGCAGCGCUACCAGGCCAAGCGUCAGCCCAUCCUGGAUGCCAUGGACCAGAAGAGAAAGAGACAACAGAAUUUCUAGCACAUUAGCGGUGUACAUAGGUGUUAUGCAGUGGUGUGUGCGGCGGCGGCGGUGGCGGUGAGUGUUCAUUAGGGCACGAUGGAGCCGCCAUGCUCACACAGCACCGACGGCCCGCCUGUGCUGUGUUGUGGUGAGCUGCUGCUGCCGCUGUAAGUGUUCUGCUGUGUAGACGAAGAGGAGGGGAGGCUGGGGCUCAGCGACACAAGGAGGUGUUGAGGUGGGACAAGCAGUGCACCGCAAGCUGUACAUGACCGUGGCACAUCAGCCAGUGGUCAGCGGCAGAGUGUGUGACAGACCCAGCAGAACCUCCAUCCUCAAGGAACUCACCUGAAGCUCAAAUACUGCCCGAGGGAAGACCCAGCCAGCCAGUCAGUCAGUCAGUCAGUCCUGUGAGGGAGGCUGGUGCAUUAGGAGGUAGGCCAGCAGUGAGGCAGGAGACAGACAGGAGCCUUACCCUUAGCUCGGCACUCAACACCAACCCCCCACAGAGGGACUCCAGUAUUACCAGUCUGACGAGGGUACCAGUCUGACGAGGGCCUUACACCAGGACAGACAGUGUGCCGAGGCUCGCAGAGAAGUCUUCAUCCUGCUGUCCCUGAUGUGGCACUCUUUGGGAGGCCUCAGUGUGCUACCAUCAGUAUUUUAUUCACUUCUCAGAGGCUUAACUCUUGCUGGCACUAGUUGGUCCUCUAGACAACUCUUGGACAACUGCCUGCCUAGUUCUCAGCACAGGAAGGCCACAUUGUACUCUUAAGACAAUGAAAAUCUGAACAUACAAAUUAUUCUGAAACACUUAACAUUUACCUUAAACCGAAUUGAUGUAACCUGGGAAAUUAGGACUUAUUUGGCCGUGGCUCAUCAAAUCACACUCUGAAAUGUUGACAGUUCCUCUUCAAAGUUCCUUGAAGUCUGUGGCCUGAGGAGACUUACAGAUAACACACAUGGAAGCUAAACUUUCAUUGGCUCUCAUGUGUGUAAGUUGCCAAGCACACCAAACCUUCCCAGCCGCUGGUGUUGAUGGGUAAAACAGCACACUACACAGCUUGAGGGAAAGAUGCUAAAGGUUACUCGAGCUUGUUUAAGUGCAUCAGUGUCAGUCAAGAAUGAGGUGAGGAUUAGGAAGAAGAUAGAUCAUCCUCACGUCACAUGUCUGGCAGUGAGGUGCGUUUCUUGCUCUGGGUGUGAGGGUGAGGAGGUGAGGUGGUGUUGCCGCGUGAGGACUGAUCAGGCGCAUGUUACCUCUAGUCAGACAAAUAAUAACAGAUCUUCCCAGCCCAGGUAGCGAGCUUGAGGGGGAGUGUGUGUGUGUGUGUGUAGGAAGGGCUGAAGUCAGGGUCAAUCAGUCAGUCAGGCGGUCAUGGUGGCAAAGCUUCCGACCGCUGGAGCCUCAGAGCGUCAAGGCCUCACAGUAUUGGGCGUCGCAAAACCUUCCUCAAGUCGGUCUAAGUGCCUCAGUCAGGGCUCGAAACUUUCUUGCGUUACAUUUAGUCGAAGGGAGACAUCCUUUUGACGUGUGGUGUGUGUCUCAGUGAAGGUAGGUGAUGAUGACCUAAACCCAUAUUCUUAAAUGUAUCCGCACUUCAAUACGCCUGUUUGAUAAGCCUCUCGUGGAAGUUUCUGGGAUUGUUCAUGGACUCUUUUGGGAUCCUGUGAGGUGGUGUUGCCGUGGUGUGUGACGUGCGAGGCUUUUACAUUACCUCUGCGCCCUAAAACUGGAAAGUCACCCAUGAAAACCCAGUUAUUCCUCCCAGCGGCCUUGGUCAGCAGUCGUUAAGGGAGCUUGAUACGUUUAAGAAUGUGGACGUUAAUGCCAAACUACGGAGUCAGUCAGUCAGUCAGUGUGGUCAGCCUUGGUAGGUCAUAUCGUGCCAGUCUGUCAGUCUUUUUUUCUCCAUGAGGCUAACAGUAGUGGGGUGAUGUGUGAAGGUUCUUUUUCCAGUUGCCAUAAACAAAUCCUAGACUAAUAUCAAUAAUUAGCGCUGAAGUAAGGGAGAGGGACAGCGAACCUCAGAUUAUUUUUGUACCCAGAACACAACAAAAUUCAUCCUCACAGUAGACAUUCACUUAUUUUUCAUCACACACGUGGCGGCGACGGUAACAUUACGAUAUCACUUGUUAAAACUGUGUCAGAAAUCAGGGAUCUAGCGACUAAAACUUCAGAAUUACAUAUCUCAUAACGGCUUCUUAGUGGAUCAACCAAUGCUUCCAGAGUUACUUUAUGCGUAGGCGGUAAACAGUCUUGAGUUGUCUUUAUAGGAGCGGAGCGGAGAGUGAGAGAGAGCGAGAGUGUGAGAGUCGGGGGUUGAGGGUAAAAAGGGUAUUUGUUGACCACAUUAAAAACACCAUGGGGGCAUUUUUUUCUUCGUUCAGUCCAGGUGGAAUGCUGUCUUCACUCAAGGCUUUCGUUAAGGGUGCGAUGAUGGAAUAUUCAUGGAUAAACAGGCUAUAUGUUGACCACUUUGAGAACAGCGUGUGGUGAUUUUUCUUCAUUCAUUCAGUCUGUUGUCUUCACUCAAGGCUUUCGUUAAGGAUGUGAUAAUGGCAAAACAGAGGGUAAACAGACUAUAUGUUGACCACUUUGAGAACAGGUUGGGGUGAUUUUUCUUCAUUCAUUCAGUCUGUUGUCUUCACUCAAGGCUUUCGUUAAGAAUGUGAUAAUGGCAAAACAGAGGGUAAACAGACUAUAUGUUGACCACUUUGAGAACAGCGUGUGGUGAGUUUUCUUCUUUCAUUCAGUCUUUUGUCUUCACUCAAGGCUUUCGUUAAGGAGUGCAGUGACGGGAAAAUUCACAGACAAACAGGCUAUUUGCUGACCACUCUUAAGAACAGCGUGGAGGCAUUUUUUUUCAUUCAGUCUGUUGUCUUCAGGCUUUUGUUAAGGAGUGCGAUGACGGGAAAAUUGCUUCUUCCUUGUGUUGCUUGCGCGCCGGCAUUUCUUAACCCCACACCAGUCAUCCUUCAGUAUUAUGGUGAGAGGCGGACGAAGAAUAGAACAUGCACAAAGAAAUGGCUUGACCUGCAUGUGUUAACCAUUGCAAAAAUAAAGUGUCCAGGAGGAGUCUGCAAAACAUGAUUCUUACACCAACAAAAAAAAUAUCAAGAAAAAUUGUAAAAUGUGUGACUUAUUUCGAAUCAAUGAAAAUACAAAGUCCAGGAAAGUUGAUUGUGAUUUUUUUUAUAUUCUGGUGAAAGGGAAAAAAUUAUCAAGAGGAAUAUCAGUGUUUUUAUGCACCACCAAGCUGGAAAUAUGACACCGCUGCAGUAGAAGCCCCAGUGUUGUGCUGCGUCGCCCUGCUGGUGUGUGCCGCGUUGUGUGUGGGCAGGACGCGUGGUGGGUGCCAUAACGUGCUGUGUGUUCCCCUGCGACACCUAACCCAGCGUUCAUCGAGGGUACGCCAGGAGGGGAUUCUUCUACAGCACAAGUCCUAAAGAAAUAGUGAAUAAUAUAACUCCUGUGUCAUUGUUUUAGCUACAGUGAUAAUAGUGAUAAGCUUAUGAGGUGGAAGAAGAACGAGAAGAGGAAGGAAAGCAUGUAAUUUCAGCAGAGAAUCUCAAGUAACGUGUCACUUUUUGUUACGUCUGGAGUUGCAGCACGAGCGAUCGCCUCAGUUUUCCUGCUUUCGUGUGAUAUUCUUACACUUCAUUAGAGAGCGGAGGUCAGCGCCGCCGUGCCAUCUCCCUCGCUAAACCUGGAAUGCCAUGUUAACUCUCGUACGGUUAGUUUCGUCUGGUUAAGUUAGUCCUGGAGCAAGUUUUCCACACCGGAUAAUCAAAGAGAAUGGGUCUGGUCUACACUCAGGCUAGUUUGUUUGUAUGUACGUGCCAAGACUUCUUCUGUUGUUCCCACCCUUCCUCUGAGCGUAUGUGUGCAUGUGUGAAUGUGUGUGUGUGUGGGUGUGCAUUCGUGUGCGCUCCUGCGACUAACUGGACAUGUGUAGCAAAGUGUAAACAUGUAAACAGCAGGAUCGUUAGUUUUCUGCCUUGUUUACUCAGCGAGGGAACGUAAAGCAGAACUAAUCGCUGAAGACAAGACUGAGUAGGGAACCGUAAGCGAUACCUUCAGCCUAAAUCACUACUGAACAAAAAUAUUUACCUGUAAGAUAUAGGCCGUGUAGCAUCUUUGUAUAUGUGUAUAGAUCUUUAUACUACUGUGAUGCAUGUGUCCCCUCCCCCCCCACUCCCUCCCUCCCUCCCUGUGACCAUGUAGUAACACCAUCGACCGUAUCAUCCACAACUCACAGACCGCCACUAAUCAUCACCACCAUCAGCUGUUCGUCCCGCCCCGCCAAGGUGGAGGAGGCGGCGGCUGGUGGAUCAAACUCUCGGUGUGGACGCGUUAGAAGGUUAAGCCAAAGAUGGGAGUGUGUGUUGGCUGUGUAGACGAAGAGGUGAAGGAAAAGCAAGACCCAGUUUGUUGGUGUUGAUGAUGAAGGACAGCCGAGGCGAUGCAGUGCCCAGAAGUGUUUUUGAAUGGUCUUCUCUUCUUCCAUGUGUUUUAUAUAUGUUUCUUUAUAUCAUCAUUAUUAUUAUUAUUAUUAUUAUUAUUAUUUGUAAUUGUAUGAAAAUGAUAUGAAGCUUUUUAAUGUGCUAGGAUCAUAGAUAGGAGUAUUGACUAAUUUAGUGUUUGUAAGUACUCUUAUUUAUUUAUGUAGGAUAAGUGGUUUGUGUUCAACACCUUCCAUCGCCAAAAGUAUGAUAGGUAUCACAUGUUCUGCGUUGCGUUCGUUGCGUCUGCUGUGCAUUUCCCGGCACGGAGAGUCAGUCAGUCAGUCAUGUUGUAAUUGCUACUAUUCAACUAGUCUCUUUAGCCAGGCUCCCACCCUCUUCCUCAUUCCAAAAUCAAUAAUCUUACCAUCAACAUAAAUUCUAUCCUCUUUUUAUAUGGAUUGAUAUGAAAUUAUUUCAUGGUUUUAACUUUUUUGAUCAAAAACAACAAAUAUAAUCUUGGACAAUCAGUGGUGACUCCAUGAAGGGGGCCGGACCAAGGAGACUAGUAGGCUGUGGUAAUUGUUGUCACGCCAAUCAGUCCGUCGAGGGGAAGCUUCUGUAAAGAUAUCAGCACUGGUGACCACGUUGCCACAUCCACACCCAGCACAGUGCGGGGCCUCUGUGCCACGUUCCUCCCUCCCAGAGUGACAGAGUGCCUCCCUUUCUCCCUCACGUGCCGCCACACCUGAUCAAUAAACUUAUUUGCUCACUCGGACAUCCUUCUUGAUGUCUCGGCUGGCGGGGUGCACUAACGUCAGGUGCAUCAAGGGGCGUGUUGGUUGCCCCACCUGAGUCAGUGCCUAAACGAGGUGGGUGUGGGGGCAGGUGAAGGAGGCGGGGCAAGGCUCGGCUCACAUGCCUAACACUAACAUUUUUACAAGCAAUUAACUUUUUGAAGAGUCCCACAAAGCUUCCUACAGUGUAACACAUUGUGAGCAUUUCUAAAAGCCUGUAAUGUAACCUUUUUGAGGGUUUGUAAUUGUAACCUUUUCAGGGGUUCCACGAGCUGUAUUGCAUUUAGACAUUUUUAUGUAACCCAGAAAACAGAAUCUACCAUUUUUACCAAUAGUAUGAAUCUAGGCUUUGCAGUUUACAAGUUCACCAACGUUCCUCAGUACCUUUAACCUGGCUGAGCCUCAAGCUGUUGUGCAGAGACACUUUCCUUUGCCUUGAGUGAGGGUGUUGCAGGAGUGACGUCAGCACAAGACACACUCCAGAGUCUUGAGUGUGUGUUUCAGGAUGGACACCAGCACUCGGCUGUGUUGCAGUGUUAUGUGGUGGUUGUUGUUGCCAGUCACACACGAGGGAAAGGUCCACAUUAACAUAUAAAUAUUCAAACCAAACAACAAAAUUUCUUAUAGACCUGAGAGAUGGAGCAACAUUCUAGGGAGUUCUGGGAUAUAUUACCUUAAAAAAAUACUAAAAAAUAACCAAGAUAGAGGUUAUAUAGAGUAACUUUAGUCUGUAUAGAAAGCAAAGUUAACAGUAACAGAAGUAACACAUGUAUUAGUCAAAGAUUCUGAGAGGACUUACUUACAAUGAAAAAAAUCAAGCCUGCACAUCUAGGAAUUCAAGCAUGAAGACUAACCCAAACAUAGAGAGCGUCACACAACUACUAAUCAUCCUGGUGUCGUUGGGGUUGAAGCCAAACAAGCUUAAAAUGAAAAAGCAAUAUUGAGUAAACAUACAUAUAAAGAAAUUCAAGUCUUAAGAGUAACCCCAACAGAGGACGUCACAUAACUAUCAAUCAUCCUACUGUAGGGUUGAAAGUAAAGAGUUAUCCUCUCCGUCGCUACGAACGCUCCCUUAGGGCCUACAGGGUGUCACAUAGCUGCUGUGCGAUGUGUAAUUCGAUGACCUGAUCAAAACUUAGGGAUCUGAUUUCCUUUCGUAGUUACUCACAGUUGUAUCAUAUGGGUUGGUAUUAUGAGACACUAUCGCCUCUCACAUCAACUCUUUCUAAAGGUCAAAGAGGGGAUCAAUUGAGUGUUUCUUUAGGUUCAUGGUACAGGAGAAGGGUCAGAUCACCAACAGGGUCAUAAAACUACUACUGGGAAUGCCCAAAACUCCUAUGAAAGCCUUGUCAAAUAUGUGAACUUGGGCGAAAGAAUGUUUAGUAAUACGACUCAUCUCAAUCUCAAUCUCAAGGCAGAGCUAACCAAACCAAACCCACCCCAUGUGUAACACUCAGUACCUAACUUUUGGCAUCGUUAUACAAAUGUUAAAGAUAGAGAGAAAUAUAUAUUCCCACUACUAGUUUCCAGGUGUGAGUUUAGUGUUUUAAAAUGUCAGUUUCUUGGUCGUUAAAAGGUCAUUAGCACGACCCAGUGGCUAGGUUUGUGUGUGUGUGUGUGUGUGGUGCCCAUGUCCCCCCUUCCCAUCCCCUCCCCGCACCACACCGUCACCUGGUAUCGCCCUCCCCUCAAGCAAUACACACUGUCAACACUGCUGUAAUACCUCCCCAUGUUUGUACAUAGCCACCGCUGUAACCUGACUGGGGUGAUCAACCUGUAACAUAAUAGCUCUGUAUAUUCUGUAAAACGUUUGUACCAUGAACAUGCUGUAUAGGCCUCUUUACUACUACUACUGUUAUUAUAUUGACCCUUUUCUUCUACCAUUACUACUAAUUCUACUAUAUAAGCCUUUCUCUACCACCUCUGUUACUACUAUGACUACUACUACUACUACUACACGCCCGCCCAGUGUACAGCCCCUCAUGCUUGGUAAUUCAUUUGAACUCUUCUUCCGCUUAGCGAGUGUGUGUGCGCGUGUUUGUAUGUGUGCGUGUGAAUUGCGGUGCCUUGUGGUGACGACGAGAGCGGUUGAUGAAGGCAAGGAUGGUGUAGUGUGGCCAAAUUACGACUACUGCUACUGAACCGUGUGACCCCCCACCCCCCACGACCCCGGCGGGACUCAUAACAGCCUCCCGUGUACUAGUGGUUGUUAAGUCAUGUCAAGGUCUUCUCAGUUUGGUGGGAGAUCACUGGGGGAGUGUGACGCCCCUUGGGGAGUGCGUCUUGUGUUCAGUGAGAGUUGUUCAAUGCCAAAGUGUGUGUACCCAGCUCACCCCGAACUUAAGGUUAAUUACGCAAAUCCAAACCUGUGUGAACUUUUUUUUAGCUUUUCCACGUCAUAUUACUUAUUCAAGUCAUUAAUUAUGUGAGUUCAGACUUAUGUGAACCUUUUAUUAGCUUUUUCACAGUGUAUCACAUCCGAGAAUUGACUUUUUAUUAGCUUAUCCAUAUUGUAUCACAUCCGAGAAUCAUUAAUUAUGUGAAACGGGACCUCUGUGAACCUUUUUUUAGCUUGUUCAGCAUUGUAUCACAUCCAAGAAUUGACCUUUUAUUAGCUUAUCCACAUUGUAUCACAUCCAACAAUCAUUAAUUACAUGAAUCUAGACCUCUGUGAACUUUAGCUUAUUCAGCAUUGUAUGACAUCCGAGAAUCGUUAUGUGAGUCUAGACCUAUGUCACCCUUUUUUUAGCUUAUCCAAUAUUAUAUCACUUAUCCGAGUCAUUAAUUACGCAAGUCUGGAUGUUUGUGAACCUUUUUUUAACUUAUUCGUGUUUUAUCAAUCACCAGAGUCAAAGUUUCUCGGGAGCCUAAAUUUCUCCCAUAUUGAAAUUUUCGUCGGAUGAUUUGUUUGUUCUCUCAGGUGAUGUCGAGACCACAAGCCAUUUUCUUUGUUGCAUUUACGAAAAGAACGAACAGAUCCGUGGGGGGAACCGACAAACAAAACAGGAAUGUGGCGAGACUGGAGUACAAAUUGUGUAUAUAUGACUAAAUCAUCGUAGACGUGUAAGUUUUUUUGUGCUGCCUAAUGUACCGUAGGAGUAAUAGUCAAGAGUAGCGAUGGUAGUAGUGAUUAUUGUAGCGGGAAUGAACACCAAACAACAUUAAUCCUUCUUAAUUGCAUACCAGCGACCAUACUUUGCAAUACUACCUCUCUUUUGGCCACUGUUUACUCUUAUCUUUUUUAGGAGCAGCGUUUAGCGGACCUUUUUUUCUACACUUCUUUUGAUGCCCUUGAGCUGCUUCCUUUCCUGUAAAAAAAAAGAAAAUACACCUCUUUUGGCCACUCUUUACUUUUAUCUUUUUUAGGAGCAGCGUUUAGCGGACCUUUUUUUCUACACUUUUUGUUAUGCCCUGGAGCUGCUUCCUUUCCUGUAAAAAAAAAAAAGAAAAAAAAAAAGACCUCCACCUGAAAUUGACCUCCCUUUUGGCCACUGUUUACUCUUAUCUUUUUAGGAGCAGCGUUUAGCGGGCUUUUUUCUACACUUUUUUAUGCCCUUGAGCUGCUUCCUUCCCUGUAAAAAAAAAAAAAAUAA